AACUCACACGUUCGGAGAAAUUUUGGUGACGAGCAAAUAACUUUUGAAAACUUCAAAUUUUCAAUUCUAUGAGAGUGUAAGAUUAUUGUAAAUUUCGUCGUAUCGAUUGUAAUUAAUUUCCUCGAUUCGAGAAUCAUCGACAGCCACGUUUUUUUUUGUUCUUCACGGAAAAUCACUUAAAUUUCGAGGAAAAUUUUAUCAACAAAGAUUUAGCGUAAUGAAUUCAAUCCAUUUUCCACAUAAUACCAUGUCGACUACAAUUCCUCCAGGAAUGCCUUAUCCAUUUAUACCUCGCUUUUCAAUUGCGGGAUCUUCUGGUCCACCAAGUGAAACACCAAGUAGUGAAUUUUCUUCGAUUGAAAGUGAUUUUUCUGAUUUGAAAUCAAUCGCUGCUGGAUUAGGAAUCACUGAUCCUGAAGAAGUUUACAUGGAACGUUUCAAAAUCGAUCGGAUCAAGCUGGAGGAUAUGAUUAAAACUGAAUCAUACUGUGAAGGAUUGAAUCGUGCUGAAUAUUUCUUCACUACAUUAAUGAAGGAGAGUUUAGUUCAUGUUUCCUGGCCAUGUCGUUUGAAAAUCGGUGCCAAAACUCGUAAAGAUCCUCACGUACGAAUUGUUGGACGAAAAGAAGAUGUUCUACGAGCUAAGGACAAAGUCAUGGCCGUGCUUGAUGCCAAAGGCAAUCGAGUUAUAAUGAAAAUGGACGUUUCAUACACGGAUCAUAGCUAUAUCAUUGGACGAGGCGGGAACAAUAUCAAACGCAUAAUGGACGAAACUCAAACGCAUAUUCACUUUCCCGACUCAAAUCGCUCGAAUCCUACUGAGAAGAGCAAUCAAGUUUCAUUGUGUGGAUCACUUGAAGGGGUUGAGAAAGCUCGAUCAAUGGUUCGUGCUUCAACUCCAUUGUUGAUCUCCUAUGAACUUCCGAUUAUGAUUCCUGGGUCAACAAGUUACGAUAACAACACUCCGUUUGUAAAAGAAAUGGAAAAGCAAUACGGAGUUCAAGUGAUAUUCAGCACUCGUCCUAAACUUCAUUCAUCAAUGAUUUUAGUUAAAGGUUGUGAAAAAGAACAUAAAAAUGUUAUGGACGCAACUAAGCGACUUAUUGAGUUCAUGUUUGAAGACAUCGCUCAACAGAUUCCUGUUCAAAUGCAUCUUGAGAUCUCAACACAACAUCAUCCGGUUGUUCUCGGAAAAGGAUCACAGAAUCUCCGUGAAAUUAUGCAACGUACAAGUACGAAGAUUAUUUUUCCCGAUGCCAAUGAUAUGAACGUUCGACCAAUUAAACGUUCUCAAGUAACAAUAUCUGGUCCAAUUACUGGAGUUUAUUUGGCACGUCAACAAUUGUUGGGAAACAUUCCGAUUGCAUUAAUUUUUGAUUAUCCUGAAAUUAACAUCGAUACUGACAGUAUCAAUAAGUUGAUGGCAUCACAUGAUGUGUACAUAAAUUCACGUCAAAAAUCACGCCAGAGCACGAUGUGCAUUGUGAUUAAAGGAGUUGAAAAAUAUAUUACAAACAUUUAUGAUGCUCGUCAUCAAUUACUGAAACUUACAUCCGAAAGAAUAGUUGCUGCUAUUCCGACAAGUUAUUAUGGACCGCAUGAUAUGGAACACUUCAAAUGCAAUUCAAUUGCACAAUUGCUGGCUGGGCCAACGACUUAUGGAUCGAUCUCGCCACUUCAACCAAUUCCACCAAUUACAUGGUCAAAUAAUCCAGAUAUAAAUAAUUGGCGUUCUAGACCUCAAGUGUCGCCCUUGACAUCGACCGUUCUUCAGCAGCAUAAUAAGAUGACUGGUAAUUUGCAAGUUCCUUCGAAUAUGACAAUACGGAGUACUAUGAGUGACUUACAUUCGAGUGGCUAUCAUAGCUUCUCUGGUGAUAGUUCAAUGAUGAAGACAAUAAAUGGCGGAAGUAGUAAUCAUUCCUCACCAGACAGUGCAAUGCGUUAUGGCAAAUAUAAUCAAAAUAUUGCAAAUUUGAUAGAGAAUCAACACAAACAUCUUGAUCAUGCACGUUUGAGUGCAUUUAAUGAGUCGAUGAUGUACAAUUAUGAUCCAAGAAUUAUUGCUGGGCAAGGAGCUGGAAUCUCCCGUACAUCGCCGACACCAAUAGAGAAUCCACAAUCUGGAAAUGUUUGGGUUGACUCUGCACCACAUGAAAAUAAUAUUGGAGGAAUAUUUAAUAAUGUGACAACUUCUUUGCUCGAAACAACGCCAGUUCGAACACGUGAUCAGAUCUCAAAAUAUCAAGAUAUCGAAACAUUAUUGACGGGAAUUAGAAUGCAACAUCAUGUUCAAAGCUUUAUUGAUGGUGAAAUCGAUAUGACAGUAUUUCCGACAUUGAAUGAAGUAGACUUAUUGAACUUAGGGAUUAAACCAUUAGGCGCUCGACGUCGCAUUAUGAUGGCAGUUCAGGAGGUUGCAUCACGAAUCAAUUUGCAGCAUGAAUUGCAACAACAGAUUCAACAAGCAUCGCCUCCGACGCCUCUACGUUUCAAUGGAUCAGUUGCACCAGGGGAUGAGCGUCGAUCAUCAACCAACAGCCAUUAACAAUGCGUCAAGUAACAUAAAUUUUAACUAUUUAUUGAAUUCAUAUUUCCAUAUCUGCCCACACACACACAAACUUACAUGCCUUGUCACACGCACACACAUUUUCCUCAUUUAAUUUAAAAAAUUUCAUCCGUGAGACGUUCGAUGAAUGAUUAAUUGAAUGAACGAUCAAUUAAUUUUUUUCUUCGGUCAUUAUGAAUUUUUUACAUACCACAAUCGAUUGAGAAAUUAUCCUCGCUCAAAGAGGAUAAUGACAUCAUAAACAAAAAUUGUAACUAUGAGAAUUAACUAAAAAACCAAUCUGAAUUUUUUCACUUCUUUUUACACAAAACAUUAUUGUUCGCAAAUGAUUACAUUUUAGUCUGUUAAGUUAUUUGAAAUUUGCAUGAAAGUCUUAAAUUUCAUCACUAAGUUUUGUUUAAUAUUUUCUUGUCAUUUUCAAUUGAAGAUUAUUAAUUAAAUGUGGCUUUAUUUCCAUGGCUUCAUUCACACAAAUAUUUACAUAAUGACAUAAAUUUACUUUUGUAUUGAUAUUAAAUAUUUUUCAAGGCUUGUGCAAGAGAAAAUCAUCAUGAUCUGAAUAAAUGUUCUCUUUCUUUGUGUGAAUAUUGAAUAUAUUGUAAGAUGAUGAUAGAAAACUUAAAGAAUUUUGUACUACAUGAUCGUAAACACCCGUAAGCUAAUCAUUGUACAACAUUAAGUGAUUAAGCUGAGUAAUUAUAUUUAAUUGCAAUUUAAUUCUCGCUUCUUUUAUUUCAAUUAUGUUACCCAACAUUUAUUUACUUAAGAUAGAUUUAAUUAAGAAAGGAAGUUACGUUACAUGAAUAUAUUUUUCUCUUCUUUACCCAUCAUCACAACAUCUAAAACAGAAAAGUUCUUUUUGUGCAUGCAUAAAUUUCAACAAUAACAAAAAGGAAAAUAAAAAAGUAGAGCAAGCGGAAAACAAAAAAA